CCCCAUGUGACAGGAUAUCUCUCAAUUGGAGGGUUUUCCUAAAUUCAGGAGACCUUUAAAAGGGACAGCUUCCUCUGUCCUCCUUUUCAGCAGGCAGCUCCCAGACCCUGGACUAGGCGAAGGGGCAAUCCGGGGACCUGGCUGUGUUCUUUGGCAUUUCCCCUUCCCCUCUUCUCCCUCAAUGGAAGACACACUCUGGGCCAUGAGGCUUCCCCUGCUCCUAGCUUUUAUCUCUGUCAUCCCGGUCCCUGUUCAGCUAUUGGACUCGAGGCAAUUUUUAAUCUAUAAUGAAGACCACAAGCGCUGCGUGGAUGCUAUAAGUGCCACCUCAGUUCAGACGGCAACUUGCAACCCGGAAGCCGAAUCCCAGAAAUUCCGCUGGGUGUCAGAGUCACAGGUCAUGAGUGUCGCCUUCAAAUUAUGUUUGGGGGUGCCAUCGAAAACUGACUGGGCCUCUGUCACCCUGUAUGCCUGUGACUCAAAAACUGAACUUCAGAAAUGGGAGUGUAAAAAUGACACACUCUUUGGAAUCAAAGGCAUAGAGUUAUAUUUUAAUUAUGGCAACAGACAAGAAAAGAAUAUCAAGCUUUACAAAGGUUCCGGUUUGUGGAGCAGAUGGAAGGUCUACGGAACCACAGAUGACCUGUGCUCCAGGGGAUAUGAAGCCAUGUACUCCUUACUGGGCAACGCAAAUGGAGCCGUCUGUGCAUUUCCGUUCAAGUUUGAAAACAAGUGGUACGCAGACUGCACCUCUGCAGGGCGGUCAGACGGAUGGCUCUGGUGUGGAACCACCACUGACUACGACAAAGACAAGCUAUAUGGAUUUUGUCCAUUGCAAUUUGAGGGCAGCGAGAGGUUAUGGAAUAAAGAUCCACUGACCGGCAUUCUUUACCAGAUAAACUCCAAGUCUGCUUUAACCUGGCAUCAGGCAAGGGCAAGCUGCAAGCAGCAGAAUGCUGACCUCCUGAGUGUCACAGAGAUUCACGAGCAAAUGUACCUUACAGGAUUAACCAGUUCCUUGAGCUCGGGACUCUGGAUUGGACUCAACAGUCUGAGUGUAAGCACUGGUUGGCAGUGGGCUGGAGGAAGCCCAUUCCGGUAUCUAAACUGGCUACCAGGAAGUCCAUCAUCAGAGCCUGGAAAGAGCUGUGUGUCACUAAACCCUGGAAAAAAUGCCAAGUGGGAGAACCUGGAAUGUGUUCAGAAGCUUGGCUACAUUUGUAAAAAGGGCAACAAUACUUUGAACCCAUUUAUCAUUCCCUCAGAAAGUGAUGUGCUUACUGGCUGCCCUGGUCAGUGGUGGCCCUAUGCAGGCCACUGCUAUAGGAUCCAUAGGGAAGAGAGGAAGAUCCAGAAAUAUGCUGUACAAGCCUGUAGGAAGGAGGGUGGUGACCUGGCAAGUAUCCACAGCAUCGAGGAGUUUGACUUCGUCUUCUCCCAACUGGGAUAUGAGCCAAAUGAUGAGCUGUGGAUUGGUUUAAACGACAUCAAAAUUCAAAUGUAUUUUGAGUGGAGUGAUGGAACCCCAGUGACGUUUACUAAGUGGCUUCCGGGAGAGCCAAGCCAUGAGAACAACAGGCAGGAGGACUGCGUGGUGAUGAAAGGCAAGGAUGGAUACUGGGCAGAUAGAGCUUGUGAGCAACCACUGGGCUACAUCUGUAAGAUGGCAUCACAAACUCAUGCUGUAGUACCAGUGGAAGCAGAAAAGGGCUGCCGGAAGGGCUGGAAACGGCAUGGGUUUUACUGCUACUGGAUUGGACCCACCCUUUCAACAUUUGCUGACGCAAACCAAACAUGCACAAAUGAGAAGGCUUAUUUAACAACAGUUGAAGACAGAUAUGAACAAGCAUUCCUGACUAGUUUGGUUGGAUUGAGGCCUGAAAAAUAUUUUUGGACAGGACUGUCAGAUGUUCAAAACAAAGGGACAUUUCGCUGGACUGUGGAAGAGCAGGUGCAGUUUACACACUGGAAUGCUGACAUGCCAGGACGAAAGGCAGGAUGUGUUGCCAUGAAAACCGGAGUGGCAGGUGGUUUAUGGGAUGUUUUGGGUUGUGAAGAAAAGGCAAAAUUUGUGUGCAAACAUUGGGCAGAAGGAGUGACUCGCCCACCAGAGCCCACGACAACUCCUGAACCCAAAUGUCCAGAAGACUGGGGUACCACCAGUAAAACCAGCAUGUGUUUCAAGCUGUAUGCAAAGGGAAAACAUGAAAAGAAAACGUGGUUUGAAUCUCGAGACUUUUGCAAAGCUAUAGGUGGGGAGCUGGCGAGUAUCAAGAGCAAAGAUGAACAGCAAGUGAUAUGGAGGCUGAUUACGAGCAGUGGAAGCUACCAUGAGCUGUUUUGGUUGGGAUUGACCUAUGGAAGUCCUUCAGAGGGUUUCACCUGGAGUGAUGGUUCUCCUGUUUCCUAUGAAAAUUGGGCUUACGGUGAGCCAAAUAAUUACCAAAAUGUUGAAUAUUGUGGCGAGCUGAAAGGUGAUCCUGGCAUGUCCUGGAAUGAUAUCAACUGUGAACAUCUCAACAACUGGAUAUGUCAGAUACAAAAAGGGAAAACACUACUACCUGACCCCACACCCGCUCCGCAAGACAAUCCACCAGUUACUGCAGAUGGGUGGGUCAUUUACAAAGACUACCAGUACUAUUUUAGCAAAGAGAAGGAAACCAUGGACAACGCACGGGCAUUUUGCAAGAAGAAUUUUGGUGAUCUUGCUACUAUUAAAAGUGAAAGUGAAAAGAAGUUUCUAUGGAAAUAUAUAAAUAAGAAUGGUGGACAGUCACCAUAUUUUAUUGGCAUGUUGAUCAGCUUGGAUAAGAAGUUCAUUUGGAUGGAUGGAAGCAAAGUAGAUUUUGUGGCUUGGGCUACAGGGGAACCCAACUUUGCAAAUGAUGAUGAAAACUGUGUAACGAUGUACACAAAUUCAGGGUUCUGGAAUGACAUCAACUGUGGUUAUCCAAAUAACUUCAUCUGCCAGCGACACAACAGCAGCAUCAAUGCCACUGCCUUGCCUACCACGCCCCCGACCCCAGGUGGCUGCAAGCAAGGUUGGCAUUUGUACAACAACAAGUGCUUUAAAAUUUUUGGAUUUGCUGAUGAAGAAAAAAAAAGCUGGCAAGAGGCACGGAAAACUUGCAUAGGAUUGAAAGGAAACCUGGCGUCCAUAGAGAAUGCAAAAGAGCAAGCAUUUCUUACCUAUCACAUGAGAGACUCCACUUUCAGUGCCUGGACUGGGCUGAAUGAUGUCAACUCAGAACACACGUUCCUGUGGACAGAUGGACGAGGAGUUCAUUAUACAAACUGGGGGAAAGGAUAUCCUGGUGGAAGAAGAAGCAGCCUGUCUUACGAAGAUGCUGACUGUGUUGUUGUGAUUGGUGGCAAUUCACGAGAAGCAGGGACCUGGAUGGAUGACACCUGUGAAAGUAAACAAGGCUAUAUAUGCCAAACACAGACUGACCCUUCCUUGCCUGUUUCUCCAACCACAACUCCAAAAGAUGGCUUUGUUAACUACGGUAAAAGCAGCUAUUCCCUUAUGAAAUUGAAGCUACCAUGGCAUGAAGCGGAGAAAUAUUGCAAGGAUCGUACUUCCCUGCUUGCUAGCAUUCUAGACCCCUACAGUAAUGCAUUUGCAUGGAUGAAAAUGCACCCAUUUAAUGUACCCGUUUGGAUUGCCCUGAACAGCAACUUGACCAAUAAUGAAUAUACUUGGACGGAUAAAUGGAGGGUGCGGUAUACUAACUGGGGCACUGACGAGCCCAAACUUAAAUCAGCAUGUGUUUACAUGGAUGUCGAUGGCUACUGGAAGACAUCAUACUGCAAUGAAAGUCUUUAUUUUCUCUGCAAAAAAUCAGAUGAAAUCCCUGCUACUGAGCCUCCACAACUGCCUGGCAAGUGUCCAGAGUCAGAACAGACUGCGUGGAUUCCUUUCUCUGGCCAUUGCUACUAUAUUGAAUCUUCUUUUACAAGGAGCUGGGGUCAAGCUUCCCUGGAGUGCCUUCGAAUGGGUGCCUCCCUGGCUUCCAUCGAGAAUGCUGCUGAGUCAAGUUUUCUGUCAUACCGUGCUGAGCCUCUUAAAAGUAAAACCAACUUUUGGAUAGGCAUGUUCCGAAAUGUUGAAGGGAAGUGGCUAUGGUUGAACGACAAUCCUGUCUCCUUUGUCAACUGGAAAACAGGCGAUCCCUCUGGGGAACGCAAUGAUUGUGUAGUUUUAUCUUCAGCUUCUGGCGUUUGGAAUAAUAUCCACUGUUCUUCAUACAAAGGAUUUAUUUGUAAAAUGCCAAAAAUUAUUGAUCCUGCAACUACACACUCAUCUAUUACAACCAAAGCUGACCAGAGGAAGAUGGAUCCUCAACCCAAAGGCUCUUCCAAAGCAGCAGGAGUGGUCAUUGUGGUCCUCCUGAUUGUGAUAGGUGCCGGCGUUGCAGCCUAUUUCUUUUAUAAAAAAAGGCAUGUGCUCCACAUGCCUCAAGAGGCCAGCUUUGAAAACACUCUCUACUUCAACAGUAAUCCGAGUCCAGGAACAAGUGACACGAAAGAUCUCAUGGGCAACAUCGAACAGAAUGAGCAUGCGGUCAUUUAGCAUUCUGAUGCGAUUGUCUUAUAUUCAAAGUUCAUGAAGUCUUAACUAAAGUUUUCAAUUUGUUAAUUCAAUAUGAUUUUUUCUUUUUUUUUUAAAAAAAAACUAGCACUGGGUUGCAUUGGUCUGUCUUUUUUCUUUGCCUAAUGGAACAAUAAUUGCUCAUUUUCUAUCCUGGCAAGAUUAGAGAAACAAAAAAACAAAAGAGGGAUAAUAAUGUUGAUUGUUGACUACCACUUUUGAAGAUACCUUUGGUGAAUACUCAGCACUACAGUCUCUACACCGCUGCCCUGGUGGCAGGCCUCAUGUCAACUCCGCAGCUGUCAGGAGCUCUAGAAAUAACCACAUAAACCACUCAGGGUAUUUUCAAGACCUCCCAGAGAUGUGUUAUGAGGAGAAUUGUAAUUCAACAUUUAGAAAACCAUGUUAAAAUAAACAAGUGCACAUAACCCCAGAUGGAAUAAGAAUGUAUUCAGUUUUUUUUCAGCAGUCCUGAUUCAUGUCAAUUAUUGAGAACUGUAUUUAUCCCCAUGUAGAAUAAUAAAGCUACUGAGAAUCUUGUUUGUCCCAGGCAAGGUUUGACAGGCUGAAUAUUGCAAGUGUGUUCUGUGUUCUGUUGUAUGUAUAUUAGGAAGGUGACUAUGUGAAGAAAAAAACCCUGUAAAUUUACAUAACUGGGUGUACUUAGAUAAUAAAUAGUGCUAUUUAUUAUCUAAUUAAUGUGAUGAAUUAAUGUGAAAUAAAAAUUAAAGAUGACAUCUAUUUUAA